GAGCGACGGGCAUCCCUUUAGCGAGUGGCUGGGCGAGUGGCUGGGACCAAAAGUGGUUGCGCGGUGGGCGCGUUGGAUGUCUCCAGGUCCCGAUCUCACCCCCACAAGUGCCCAUGGUUUCGGUGGACCUCCCGAAAUAGAGGCAUCGGACAACCGGGUUCCGGGGCGUAAUUAUUACCCACACUCAGAAUCAGUCUUGGGAUCAUGUGGCCGGAGUGAAAGCUCAGUGGUGAGGAGUGGCUUAAGUAUGCAGCUUGGUGCAUUGAAAUCUGAAGCUGAAUUUGUCAGUCUGGUGGAUCUCAGUCGGGUGUCAAGUGCAUGAGGCACUGGGCCAACCUCCAGUCCACUUGUAUUGCCUACCCCAAGGCCCGAGUGGGCGCAGAUGAGGCUCACAUGUGGCUCCGAACCAUUCAGACCCGGCCCAAUCUCCAGCCAAAACCAACACCCAAACGAAACGACCGAUGCCAAAGGGAACCUCCAAAAAGGUGCUAAAACAUUGGUGGUUCCUCCUUCCCUUUUUUGGCCAUGUCGCUUCUUCUUCGUUUCGCCGUUUGGAUCUCUCCACCGGCCGAGCCCGUGAGCCGCCGCGGGCGGCCGCGGCUGCCCCGGUGCGGGUCCCGCAUGAAGGAUGUGCAGAGGAAGCUGGAUUUGAGCUUGGAGGACCUGGUCGAGGAGUCCAAGUCCGGCGGAGGCCGUCAGAGCACUCGAAAGCGGCGGCGAGUCCGCAGCGAGGAGGCUCCGGAGAAGGCUCCGAAGUCGGAGAAGGAGCCGGCGGAGAAGGAGAAGGCGGAGUCUGAGAAGGAGGAUUCCAAGGAGGAGAAGAGAGAAGAGGACCGGAGUCCGCGGCCGCCGCGGCGGGAUUGGCACGCCGAGCCCCGGAGGCGUACCGAGGCUGACCUGGCCGCUGGAGCUCGGCGAACGGGGAGGCCACCCUCGAGGGCCACGCCGUGGGUGGAUCCCAGCGAGCCGUCGCCGGCGACGUCGGCUCUCCGUCCGGCCUAUCCUCCGUUGAUGCCCGCGUGGCCGGGGUAUCCUCCUUACCGAGCUCCCAUGUACCUGCGGCCGGUGGCGCCGCCGGUCGCGCCGGUCUUCCGGCCGCCGCCCUAUGCGAUGCCGCUGAGACCGCAAAACACGCGGUGGAGGCCCAGCUACCCUCCUGCAGCGUACCUCUGGCACCCUGUUGCGUGCCCAGGCCGAGGGCUGGGCCUCCGCCACAGUACCCGCCAGGUCUUCCUGGACAUCCUCUCCAGCCUGCAGUGGGGGCCCUGUGGGCCUGGUGGGGGGGAGAAGCGUCAUCGAGAGCGAGCUCCAGCGGGCCCGCCGCCGCCGCAGGGCUUUCAGGUGCGGCUCAGCAACAUCCCUCAGGAGCUCACUGCCAAGGACCUCGCGGAGGCCUUCACAGAAGUGUCUAGCAGUCGAGUGGAAUCCGUGGACCUCCUUCGGGAUGGCGCGGGCCGUGCCACCGGUGACGCCGUGAUCAUCUUCGCGGCGAUGCCAGACGCACAGAACGCGGUGCGGCGCUACCACGGCGGCGACCUGAACGGCCGGCGCCUGGAGGCCAUCUAUGAAGGUGAGGUCAAGGGUAGAUGACGCCCGGCCGCGCGGCGGCCGCCAGAGAGUUCCUGCGCGCCGGGAACGGGAACGGAGCACCGGAGCUUUUGUUGGAAGAGGAAGGGACCU